AGGCGCGUGCAGUGCGGCUGUCUGCGGCUGCUCGUCCGUCAGUCGGUGGUCGUGGGUGGUCGCACGCACGCUCGGGGGUGACGGGUGCGUCUACAUUCGCGAGGAGGGCGAUGGAGGCUUCGUGCGCCUUGCUGGCGAUCGAGUGAGACGCGCCAUUCGUUGAACCGCGUCGCGUCGUCGUCGUCGUCGUCGUUCGUGUAUCAAAUCGUCCGUGAUAAAGAGUGACACAAACGGACCAAGGGCAGCGCGUGAAAGGAACCCUCGUGAGCGCAACGGGGUGACAAAAUGUCGAUGUAUCACUGUUUAUUGUGAACGAUUCGAGGAAACGAGACAGAAAGGCAGAGGGAGAGAGAGAGAAAAAGAGAAAGAGAGAAAAGGGGGUUGAACACACAUACUUACAGAGUGGCGAACACCUCUCUCUCUUUCUCCCUCUCUCAGAUCGUUGAGAGGCAAGGGAAAGGGGGUGAGAGAAAGGAAAAGAAAAGGGGAAAGUGAUAUUUCCCUCGGGAUAAAACGAAGGUGCGAGAGACAUACGCCAUGGCAAGGACCGAUCAUCGACCGAUUAUGGGACGUAACUCGUAACGGGGAACGGGGGCUGCCCCGAGUAUACGGAAUCGCCUUGAGUCGGCAACCGAGGAAGCGACCCGGCAAUCCGCGGAGCGAUGUACGCCGCGGCGGGUGGUGCGAGCAUCGCCAAUCGGAGGAAGCAGAAGCGGCUGCAGCUCAACAAGCAGGCGCCGGUGAACGUCAUACCGUCAAGACUGAAGACCGGCUUACCGCCCGGCCCGCGUCACUAUCAGCACCACCAGCACCAGCACCAGCAUCAGCACCAGCACCAGCACCAACACCAGCAUCAGCAUCAGCAUCAUCAGUGUCAUCAGCAUCACUACCAUCACCACCACCACCCGACCAAGCUCGCCGCCCGUCCGCACCAAGUCGCAUCGGCACCGCAGGGUCCGCGAGCGCAACAGGCGCCGACGUCGACGUCGUCGUCGUCCGCCGCGUUCCACCCGGUCAUCGACGAUCGGCGCCGUCAUCACGCCGACCAUCACAAGUCCCAUCAGCAGGUCGCCCCGGUCUCGCCGAUCCAGUUUCCAAUCUCACCGCCCCCGCUCUCCCUCGAGUCCUCGGCGUCUGCCAACGCCUUCCCGGCCAAUAAGUCCAGCAACUUUCCCUUCCCGCCGCCCUCGAUCCUCGAUCUCCGAGUCUCGCCUCCGACUUCGGAGCUACAGUGCGGCGGUCAGGGACCUGGCGGCAAGGCAGCGUGGCAAGGAUGCAACAGACCUUCCCCCCUUCCCUUAUCUCCCACGUCGCCCGGAGAUGGCUACAGAGCGAAGCAGUGCGAAGCACAUCGGCGAUGGAUGAAAAGAAACAGGAUAAGGGACGCCAGCUACUGCUACGGGAGCAGCGACGAGGACGAAGAUGACAGCAGUAACGCCCUUCGUCAGCGGGGCGAGGUCAGCGCGGCGGUCAACACCGUGCUCUACGUCGGUUUGGGGACCACCGCGCUCGGCUUAGUCAUCUCGUUCGUCGGCACCGGGGAGAAGGGCUUCCAGAGCCCGCAGCUGAGGCUGGUCGGCCCGUCGUUACUGUGCGCCGGUUUACUGUGCUGCCUGUUCCGCGUGUUGUUGUGCCUCUGCCUAUGCCACUGCGGCCAGUGCCCCUGGCGGUUCGGCCAGGUCGCCUCGCACAAGGAGAAGGCGAGGAAAGCGGACGCGCUACCGGGCCCGGGAACGUUAUCGACCGCCUCGCUGUUGCCGCCGACGACGCAGCAGGAACGGGAACGUCCGGUCGCGCCCACAAGCCGCUCCGUGUCGCCGGCGACGAAGGGACACGAGCUCCUGCUCUCACCUGCCCAAUUACCGGAGUGAAGGGACAACGUGAUUUGCGCGCGCGCGCGCCACAAACAUUUUCUACGAAUGAAAUUCUAUAUACGGUAACGCCGAUUUACUGCCGGUUCACGCCCGAUUAUUCGACCCCUAUAGUUUCCGUCGCGGCCUGAACCGCGAGUUCUCGCAGUCC